CCCCGCUGCACGUACUCCUCUUCUACCGAGCAGAGAGCAACAUGUCACGGCAGCGGGGGAAUUAGUAAUCGAGCCUUAUCUUCUGAGCAAAAGCAUACAAUGUGCAAAAUAUUGUGCGGCUGUCAGUGCUGAGAGAAACAUUGGCCCCAGCGGACCAGCUAGCGCUGCUUUCGAUCGCGAGUGAGAUAUAGAGACGCACAUUGAUUCAUAAAAAUGGGUUGGUGGGGCAAGAAGAGGGACGAACAGGAAACGGACCGCUCCAGCGGCUCAGCUGCCAGCCAAGCUCUGGUGCUGCAGGAUCCGCGCACGCGUGUAAAGACCACCAGCGCCGCCACAGCGACGACUAACACGGCGGUUCAGAACUCUACAAUAACGGACAGCAACAAGAAGACUAUCACCUUCAUGUCCACCCGUAAGACGGUGACGCAUACACAGAGAGCGCUAAUAACGGAAACCACGACGCGUCGCACACCGAGCCAGGCCGAGUUGGAGCUGCUUUUCGCGCAGAUGAGAAUGGGAGGCGAUGGCGCCACGACGACCACCACUACUACAUCUACAUCGCGCGGCCGACCACCUAGUCUUAACGGCGUGGCAAUACGCUCCACGCCGUCCUUCAAGGCCACGACAAACAACAAACGCUCCAGUACUGUGCUCAAGACGGAGCAUACUACGGUGACAAAGAAGAACGGACGCAACGUCACCCAGCACGUGGAGACGCAGCGUGUGGAUCUCAAGGCCAAGGGGAAACCCUCUUGGCCACCAUCAUUUUUUGCAUCAAACAACUCCGGCAGCACAUCCGAGCCCUAUGUCUCGCCAUACGCCCAAAAGCCAAGUCUGGCCAUUACUUACGUGUCCCCUUAUGCCAAGUCAACAACAGGCACAAGCACAAGCACAAGCUCCAGUACCGGCUCCGUCGCUGGUGCGCCAAGUGGUUCCAAGGCUUUCAAGCCGACUUCCAAGUCGCUGUUCUCCACAAAUGUACCAAGAUCCUUCACUAGUAUUGCCGCCUCCACUGGGGCCACACCAAAAACAACCGUGGGCGCCCACGAUGCCCAUGGGGUCGGGAAGUCCAAAUUGCUCGCCGGAGUUGGCACAGCCAAGCCAAUCGUGGCAAAGACAAAGCUUAAACCCGCCCGAGUCUACAUCUUCAAUAACGAAAAGUUCGACAGCAAGAACGAGUUCCGUUCUGGCAGUGCUCAAGAUGUUAAGGUUCUGCGCAACACUUUCGAGCAACUCAAGUGCAAGGUGGAGGUCAUUAAAGACGCCACACUGGCCACCGUCAAGAGUACGGUGAGGAUGUUGGAGACAAAAGACUUCGAGGAUAAGAGUGCCCUAGUCCUGGUGUUCCUGAGUCAUGGAACGCGCCACGACCGGCUUGCUGCUAAGGAUCUUGAUUACUCGCUGGACGACGAUGUGCUUUUCCCCAUAUUGCGCAACCGGACGCUGAAGGACAAACCCAAAAUGUUGUUUGUACAGGCCUGCAAGGGUGCAAAUGAACCCGGAGGCUUCAUGACAGAUAGCGCCCAGCCUAACGGAUCUCCCAACGAGAUUCUCAAGUGCUACAGCACCUACGAAGGCUACGUCUCCUAUCGCACUGAGGAUGGCACUCCAUUCAUCCAGACCCUCUGCGAGGCUCUGAACAGAUCGGGAAAGACAACCGAUAUCGACGGUAUAAUGAUGAGUGUGCGAAGUGUGGUCAAAAUGCAAACAAAAGACGGCCAAAUCCCAUCUGUCACUAGUACACUGACCUCAAAAUAUGUUUUCGGAGACUACGUCUAAACUCCUAUAGUAUUAUGUAUUAUAAAUCAAUUUAGUUAUAUAUAUACUUACCUCUACAUAUUUUGCAAGCGAUAGUGAUUAGAAUCUUGCAGAGGGCAUUAAAAUGCGUACCCGUA